AUGACCCAAACGGAAGGCAGAAGAGUGGAUGAGCAGCAACGAGCGACCAGCACGGCGGAAAAGCAAGGCGUUCGGGCACCAGCGUUAAUUGGAUUCAAUUCGCUGACAAAAGCCUGGUUGUGGCUUGGAGCGAAUGAGGUCGACGGGUGCAAUCGUAGGGUGGAUGGGAUCCGUGACAGGGAUGCUGCAGCUCUGAAGUCGCACCAGGCUGUCCCCCGUCGUGUCUGCAGAAGCCGAUGGGAGGGUUGGAUGAAGCAGCCACGAAUUCGGGAGGACACCACGUUCGAGGUACGAACGAGGAAAAGGAUGAAUAUCGACACCGAGUGA